AUGAGGGUGAACCCUACCUUGAUGCUGGCCACCGCUCUUGGUGCUGUGACCGGUGCCCUUGCAGCACCUGCCAUAGCCCAGGUUGAGCGUGGCAUUGGGUUCCCGGGGUCUGACGACGCCGAGACUGAGUUCGGAUGGGGUCACGGUGGUGACCAUGGUGGUCACGACGACGACGACGACGACGACGAUGAUGACCACCAUGGCCAUUGGCCCCCUCCCACUUCCACUCCAUGUGAGACUGAUACGGAGACUGAACCUCCCCAUCCCACUUGGACGAAGCCCCCUCACCCUACCUGGACCUGGACAAAGCCUCCUCACCCUACUUGGACUCCUCCCGAAUCAACUCCCUGUGAGACGGAUACAGACACUCCGCCUCCUGUUACCGAGACUCCUCCACCGGAGACUACACCGUGCGAGACCGACACAGAAACUCCGCCCCCUGUCACCGAGACCCCUCCACCGGAAACUACUCCCUGUGAGACCGACACAGAGACUCCUCCGCCUGAGACUACGCCGUGCGAGACCGAUACAGAAACUCCGCCUCCUGUUACCGAGACUCCUCCACCGGAGACUACACCGUGCGAGACCGACACAGAAACUCCGCCCCCUGUCACCGAGACCCCUCCACCAGAAACUACUCCCUGUGAGACCGACACAGAGACUCCUCCACCAGAGACUACUCCCUGUGAAACUGAGACUCCCCCUCCUGGCACUGAGACUCCCCCUCCUGGCACUGAGACUCCCCCUCCUGUCACCGAGACUCCCCCUCCUGGCACUGAGACUCCCCCUCCUGGCACUGAGACUCCCCCUCCUGGCACUGAGACUCCCCCUCCUGGCACUGAGACUCCUCCUCCUGGCACUGAGACCCCCCCUCCUGGCACUGAGACUCCCCCUCCUGGCACCGAGAACCCUCCUCCAGAGCAGACUUCUACUCCUCCUGCGCCGACUGGCACUUGGACCACCUCGGUCACUCCCCCGGAGACGACCCCUGAAGUUCCUACUGGGACAUCGCCUGAGCAGCCCGGUACUACCAGCCCCUCCGCGCCGGAGUUCACUGGUGCUGCUACCACCAACAGAUUCGGGUCUCCAUUCGCCGGUGUCAUGGCUCUUGGUGCCAUUGUUUUGGCCUUUUAA